AUGAAUAUUAAACAUAAUUAUAUCUCUUAUUUUCAGAUGAAUGGGAUUCAAAUUCCUGGAAUAAGUAAUCCAGAAGCCAUCAUUCCGAUCACUGGAGAGAAAAAAAGCUACAAAUUGGUGCUUGACUUUAAUGAUGGAGCAAUCAGUAUUAUCGAAGCUCGUUACCUUGACUCUAAACUUCACCGAGAAAUCCAAGAUCUUUCCGAUAAUGAUGUGACUAUUCUUGGAACUGAAAUCAGCGACGGGGCAUAUGAUGAAAAUCUCGACAUUCAUUGUGACAAAUGCAACAAGUUUUAUCGCCCAUAUUGUCGUCUGCAUCCACUAUUCAAAAUUCCCGAUCGUGUCUUGAAACGUGAUGAAAGCUCGAACUUAUCGUUCUCGCAACAAACUCUGCCAAUCCUUUUCCGCAUCGAAGAAUCAAAGUUGCCGAAUGCCGGAUUAGGAGUGAUUGCUGAAGUGUUUAUUCCAGUUGGAAUGGUAUUUGGUCCGUAUAAAGGUCGCCGCUGUCAGAAAAAAACAGAUUUCUACAAAGAUGGAUAUGCUUGGCUUAUUAAAAGUGGUGAUAAGCGAUUCUACAUUGAUGGAUCCGACGCCGAGCGAUCUAAUUGGCUGAGAUAUAUUAAUAGUCCACGAUUCGAAGAUGAGCAGAAUAUGUUGGCAUUCCAGACAAAUGGAAAAAUUUUCUACCGUGUAAUCAAGCCAAUCAGAAUUAACCAGGAAUUGCUCGUUUGGUAUGGAUCUUCCUAUGGAAACGAGUUUGUCGAGUCAGAAAACGGAAACAAGUAUAAAAAGCCAGCCAAGAAUCCGUUCAUUUGUGUCGGUGCUCAAAGAUAAUCUUCUUUUUACCCUCAUCCACAAGUUGUUCUUGUGUCGACAUCGAAAUGUUCAACAUUUAAUAUUUACUGCAUUUUUACCCAGUUCUACACGCCGUUUAACCUAAUAUUGUUAGCCAUUCAGCAGAAAAAUGAAGCUCUUCUCGUUAUA